AUGAGUUUCGGAUUUAGCCUUGGGGACUUUGUUUCCGUUAUUACUUUGGCUAAUAAGCUCCGAAGAGACUUUGUUGGUGCUCCAAGCCAAUUCAACAGUAUUUCUAGAGAGGUCAGAGGGCUGACAAUUAUCCUCCAAGACAUCGAUGUUCAACUACCGGGUUACGAUAUCGAUGAUCGCCAACGCAAACAACUGGGAGAAAUCAGUCACAGCUGUGGGACCCUGUUGAACGAGCUUCAAGAUGCCAUUGCGAAAUAUAAAGUCGUGGAAUAUUGCGGUACAUCGAUUCACAAGAAAGCUAGAAGUAUUUGGAAGAGGAUCGCAUGGGAGCCUAAAGACAUAGGCGAGCUUCGUGAUCGGUUAUUAUCUAAUGUGACAUUGCUCCAGUCAUUUUUGAGUGCUAUAUCAAGUCAAACGAUUGCUGCGACAAAACAAACACUAGAACACCUCAACCAGCGACAAGAAAACAGUGAACAAUCUUGCAUUCUCGACUGGCUGUCUGCCGUUGAUUAUACUUUGCAGCAGAGCGACCUCCUCGGUCGACGACAAGAAGGAACUGGAGAAUGGCUGCUCGCUUCGGAAGAAUAUAAACACUGGCUUCGCACACCACAAGCCACCUUGUUUUGCCCUGGAAUUCCGGGUGCGGGAAAGACCAUCUGUUCUGCUAUCCUUGUCGAUGAUUUGAUUACACGCUUUGAGGAUAAGCCAGAUGUCGGCAUAGCCUACAUUUAUUGCAACUUUAAUCGACAAGAUGAACAGAAAGCUCAAGACCUGCUUUCAAGUCUAUUGAAGCAAUUAAGUCAAAAGAGAGCAUCUGUUCCAGAUGCAGUCAAUGACCUCUACAAGCGCUACAAAACUGCAUCGACGCGUCCGCGAUUCGAUGAGAUAUCGAAAGCUCUUCGAUCCGUCGUUUCCACGUAUUCCGAUGUGUUCAUUGUCGUUGAUGCCCUCGAUGAAUGCGAAUCUACUUGCCUUAGCAGGGUUUUGGGCGAGAUCAUGAAAAUCCAUGCCAGUGGUGGAGUAAAUGUCUUCGCCACAUCGAGACCUAUGGAGAUAAAUAAUUUGUUCAAAAGGGGUGCCGUUUUGGAGAUCCAGGCUCACGAAGACGACGUCAGACGAUUUCUUGAUGGUAACAUGUUCCGGCUCCCGGGAUUUGUGAGCCGAAAUGCUGCAUUGCAAGAGGAGAUUAUGACUGUAAUCUCAUGCCAUGUACAGGGAAUGUUCCUCCUUGCGCAGCUUUAUUUCGAGUCAUUGAUCGGCAGAAGGUCAGCUAAAUCUACUCGAACCGCUCUGAAAGAGCUCUCGAAGGGGUUUAAUGACUAUGCAUACGACAAAGCUUAUGACAACGCAAUGAGCCGCAUUCGAGGGCAGCUAGGAGAGCAGACGGACUUGGCGAUGCAAACUCUGUCCUGGCUCGCAUGCGCAAGAAGACCGCUCACUUCAUUGGAGCUCCAGCAUGCCCUUGCAAUAGAGGAAGGAGAAUCUAGCAUUGAUGAGGAGAACAUGCCAGAGAUCGAAGACAUCCUUACCGUGUGUGCUGGUCUUGUUACCGUCGAAAAUGCAAGCGGAAUAAUUCGACUGGUUCAUUAUACAACGCAAGAAUACCUUGAGCGGAAGAAAGAUAUACUCUUUCCCAGUGCCGAAAAUGAAAUCAGCAUGUCAUGUGUCACUUACAUUUCAUUUGAUACAUUUGGAUCUGGAAUUUGUGAAAGCGAUGAAACGUUCGAGGAGCGUUUAGAAUCAUACCCAUUCUAUCCUUAUGCGGUACACCAUUGGGGCGACCAUGUGAGAGCAACCAAGAAUAUGCAUCCUGGUGUGAUAGGUUUCUUGAAAGAACAGCCAAAAGUUGAUGCUUCAGAACAAACAUUUUAUGUUAGGAGGCACUCCAUCCCAAAAGAUUGGAGCCAGAAGUUUCCAAGGAACACGACGGGGCUACAUCUCGCUGCACACCAUGGAAUUGAGGAAGCUGUAUUCUACUUUCUUCAGCAUCAAUACCCCGUGGACAUGUGUUAUAAUGGUGGCUGGACAGCAUUAAAAUGGGCCAUUUCACGAGGUCAUCUGAAUGUCAUUCAGUUACUUCUUUCUCAUGGAGCUGAUCCAACCGGAAAUAGCCAUGACAGCAGCCCACUUUCAUCUGCUGCAACUCGCGGAUAUGACGAUAUUGUCAGGCUUCUUCUUAAGCGGGGAGUUGAUGUUGAUACCCCGUGUGGAUGGAAUAGAAGCGCCUUGAUUGCAGCGUGCGACAGAGGCCGACUAAGCACUGCGGAGAUCCUCCUCAACAGCGGCGCAAAUAUCAAUGCUGAGAGUGAGCUCCUCGGCAGCCCUUUGGAGGCCGCUGCUGUAGGGGGUCACUGGAAACUGGUAACUUUCUUGCUUGAGAAGGGUGCCAAUCCUAAUUCCCAAGGAGACGAGAUCGAAACUGCGUUGCAAGCAGCCUCGGCGAGCGGCAAUGAAGAUGCCGUGCGAAUUUUGCUCAACUACCAGGCGGAUAUCAACCGACAAGGUGGGACAUAUGAAACCCCCCUCAUAGCGGCCUGUAUCAAUGGACAUGAGCAAACAGCAAGAAUACUGCUGGAUAAUGGUGCCAAUCCAAAUUUGGAAAACGGAACAUGCAACAGCGCACUGAGAGCGGCUUCGAUGAACGGGAAUCAGCAAAUAGUGCAAAUGCUCCUCGAUAGUGGUGCCAACAUAAAUGCGGAACACGAGCUUGGCACAGCCCUGAUUGCUGCUGUUGCAAAAGGGCAAUAUCACAUUGCAAAGAUGUUACUCGACAACGGCGCCGAUCUUAAUGGUCGUGGCAGACUACAUGGCACUGCUUUGCAUGCAGCUGCCGCGUUCGGAUUUGUUCAAAUAACGCAGAUGCUACUCGACAGAGGUGCCGACAGCACCAUUCGUGCUGGCGUUUACAAAACGCCACUGCGAGCAGCCAUGAUGGGAGGUCAUCAGGAUGUUGUCGUGCUUCUCAAAAGACAGGAGCAGCACUUAAGGGUUUGA